AUGACUGGUAGAGGUAGACCUGCUGGUGCUACAAAUGAACUCCUGGAGCGCAUGACCCAAGUCUUAGAGACUUUGGCACAUAACCAGGAGGCUGAACUAACCGAGUAUAGAGGACUUUCUUCUUUUACUAGGCAUAACCCUCCAAAAUUUGAGGAAAAGUUUGAUCCUGAGGGAGCUCAGAGGUGGAUAGCAGAUGUGGAGAAGAUUUUCCAUGCCAUGGGAUGUAAAGAGGAGCAAAAGGGAAAUUAUUUUCCUAGAGAUUUAAAGAAACAAAAGGCUAGGGAGUUCCUUAAGUUGAAACAAGGAAACAUGUCUGUAGGUGAAUAUGUUGCUAAAUUCCAUGAAUUGAUGAAAUACUGGCCUCACUAUCAACAUGAUGAUGAAGAGGAAGAUUUAUGCGCUCAAUUUAAACAUGGGCUAAGGCCAGAUAUUCGAGAUCCCGUUAGUGUAUUUCAACUGAUAGAUUUACCCACUCUAAUGAGUAAAUGCAGAAUAUUUGAAGCCAAUACUAAGGGUAAGACGAUGGAUACUAGAAUUGGUGGUCCUGUGAGGCAAGACCGAAGGCCUCCAAGAUUUUCUAGAGGACCUUAA